AUAUUUUAUAUCCAGCUGUUUCAUUCAUUCAAACAUAAAGCUAGGUUUUUCUUGUAAGAUUAGAUUGAUUUAUAACAGGAUCUGAGAACAUACAGCAAUUGUAAAGUAUAGGUCUAGUCUACUAUAAAUACUUAGUAUUGCACAAGGCCAAAUAGGACAGAGUUAUAAAUAAGCAACUCCAUGGCAGUGCUUGUUGUAGCAAUCCUCUCAUCAGUAAAUGAAAGUGUGUUUUCCACUUUAUAAUCAUUAAUUUAUGUUAAUGUUAUUGCCAGUGAAUUAAUUGUACAGAAAAAAAUAGAAGCAAUUCAUUAAUUGCAUGCAAGAGAGAGAAAGAAAAAAUUCUUCUGAAUGAUUACACAACAUUCACUCAGAAAAGCCUUUUGUUUUGUAUUGUGUAUUGUAUAAUUAUUGUGACAAUCAUCUGUGAAAAACAAACUGGUUUUGCAACAGCUGUGAAAAAGGUAACAAUGUGGCUUUUUAUACUUUUUUAUUUAUCAUUUAUAUUACAAAAAUCCGAAACUGCAAAUGACAUAGUAACAGUGAAAGAAGUGAUAGCUGGACACUUGGCUGAGCUUCCAUGCUUAAGUAUCGAUGAGCAUCAUCGUUUCAUGUUCUGGCAAUUUGGAACCAACACUGUUAUUGGUCCAGGAAAUCCUUUAAAUGAAAAAAAAUACAAUUAUGAAGUACUGACUGGCUUGCUUCAAAUCAGAGGUGUGUCAACAGCAGAAUCUGGAUUUUAUAAAUGUUUUUCAAAAGGUUUAUUUGACGAUUCACAAUUAAAAGUUCAUUCUGUUGAAUUGAUAGUUACAAACGAUUGGGAGCAACUUUGGGAAAAUGAUUUUGAGACAAACCUGUUACGGGGAAUGACUGCUGUUAUGGUACUGGUGGUUGCUGUAGCUGUCGUUCUUCUAAUUAUUACUGUUAAAAGAAAAAGAAGUCAAAGAUUCUUUGAUCUGGAGGAAUCGAGAGAAAAUUCUCCAGUACGUUAUACACCAGAUAAUACAGCUGGUGUUUCAUCAGGUAUCGAAAACGCAGGAAUGGAUAACGCUGUUCUUGAUAUCGAUUUCCCUAAAGUGUUUAAACAAAUGCAAAAGGAGCAAGCGAUACCAUAAUUUGUAAUUCUAUUGUGUAUGAAAUUACAUUAUUAUAUUUUAGUGCUUUCUUUACCCUUAGCUUAAAUGUACAUAUUGCAAUAAAUUAUACUCGGUACUUUUUCCGUUAUUGUGCAAGUAAUGUUUAGUUAAUUUUUGCAAGCAUGUAUUUUAGUAUAUCUUGUAAUAACUCUGUAUUUAUUCAAAAUAGGUUUAAAAUCCCUUUUUAGAAAAAACAAAUAAAUUACAAGAUUUUUCAAUUA